CUCCUUUCUUAUUACUGUAUGUACGCUUCGGGAUUGCAUACAAUGGUCCAGAGAGACAAUAAAGCUGCCGGUAAUUAGCCGACAUCUCAUCACUAAGGACUGCGCUGCACAUCUUGCUUACAACCGUCAUCCUCACUAUUGCUGUUAACCUUUGUUUUAUCUUCUUUUUAAUCCUCUUCAGAAUCUCUUCAGAACCCGGUCUCUGCGAGCUUUGGACCUUCUAAAUCACUUUCCUCUUACAAUAUGUUCAAUUCUCGUUCGCCUCCUACAGGCGCUCCUCCAUCCUAUGUUUCUCGACUUUCUGCGGGCAGGAGUUUGAGAUCCAUUGUAAUGCUCUUCGCUUUCCUGAGUGCCUUGUACACUUUGUUAUCGUACAUUGGGAAUUUCCGGAGCAUCAGCAUUGAUAGAGGACAAAACGAGUCGAAGCUAGCAACUUUCUCACUAGUCUUGGGCAUCCUCUACAUCACUGUCUUCGCUUUCGAAGCUUUCGGCAUUGCUGCUACGCUGACUCAACGACACCAACUUGUUCACAUCUAUGCUAUGUUGUCUUUCGCGACAGUGUUAAUCGCUGCUGGCGGCGGACUGUUAAACGUUAUCGUCCAUUUCACGAUGAAAAACGAUAUUAUUAAUGAAUGCACGAAUCUCGUCACUGGAGACGAUGUGGUGUUCUAUCCUUUCGGAUUUUUUGGACCUGUGAGUCACAGUGUUAUUGACGCAGCCGAUGCGAAAAACUGGUGUCAAAGUGAAUGGGACCAUGAUUCGUGGGCUGACGUUGUCGAAUUGCUGAUCCUCAUAUUUCUCUCCAUGAUGUUCAGUCUAUUUUCCUACGCUUAUUAUCGUCAACUUCUUGACCCUACUAGCGCCGCCAAUGUCGUUCGCACACCUAUUCGCGCACCUCCUUCAGGCUUUCCCUCCCACUAUAACCCAGCCUACAACGCUUCUGUCCCAAGCCUUGGAUAUCAAUAUGGUCCCUACGGUCAACAGCCUUACGGACAGUUCGCUCCACCCCCUGGCCCUCCUCCUGCUAUGGAUGCUGCUGACAGCAAACCCCCUGGAUAUGCUAGUGGGCCUGGUUAUGGAUACGAGAUUGAUGACAAGGCCAAGGAAAAUCCUUUCGCAGACUUCGAUGAACAUGUCGACAAAGCCGGUGGUUCACAGGAAGAGCACGAUGUCACUAGUCGACCUGCUCCCGGUGGAAGAGAUACUUUUGUUUGAGGGAUGAAGCUCUCGUCAGACCUUGUAUGAUACAGUACACCCUACAUGGGACUCGCCUUGAUCUAUUGGACAUUUCGUAUAUAGUGUAUUUUUGUCUAUGACUGGAUAUCUUGCCAUCGUGUGA